AAACUGUUACUGGAAAAAAUAUAUGUGAAGUUCACUGCAGAAGUAAAAUCUGAAAAUAUUUCAGACAAAUCUACAAAUAAAGAAACUCAGGAAGAUAAUUCUGAAGUAUCAGAAGAUGAACAGUCAAAACAAAAAAAUGUUCAGCUAAAAGAAAAUUUGUCAUUCCUGGAAACAGCAAUAGAUAGUUUACCUUACGGUCUUUCAAUUAAAUAUUCUCAAACUGGUUAUGGAGUUUGGUCGGAUGUAGAUAUUCCAAAAGGAGUAGUUUAUGGACCUUAUGAAGGAGAAAUAGUACAAACAUUGAACGAAACGCAGCAUAAUGGAUUUUAUUUGGAGGUAGUAAAGAAUGGCUCAGUUUCUCAUUUUGUGAUUGCAAAGGAUAAUGCUCUGACGGACUGGCUUUGUUAUGUGAAUUUUGCGUGUGAUAAAGAAAAACAGAAUGUGGUAGCAUUUGAAAAUCACAAAAAAAUAUAUUAUAUUACAUCUAAACAGAUUGUUCCCAAUACAGAACUUCUGGUUUGGUAUAACGAUGAACAGUCUGAAGCACUUGAGUUUCAUUGGCAAACAAUCACUAAUAACAAUAAUAAUGCAAAAACAUUGAAUAAAGCUAGAAAGAAAAUAUCAAAGAAAAGAGAACAAAAUCACAAUGCAACCAAUGUUUGUAAUCAAAUAGAAGAAAAUCCUAGUACUUCAAAAAGUCAAUCAGAAGAUCAAGUGCCUGUUGAUAAGGAAUCUGCUGAACAAACAAAGCCUUCCGAACAAUGCCUUGGUUCCCACAUCUGUAAUACUUGUAAUAAGAAAUUCAUAAGACUUUCCGAUUUGAAGAUGCACAUAAGAGUUCAUACAGGUGAGAGACCAUUUGUAUGUAAAACAUGUGGAAAAGCUUUUACACAAGGUGGUAACUGCAGAAAACAUGAAAAAAUGCAUCUUGGAAGUAAACCUUUUUUAUGUAAAAUAUGCAACAAGUUCUUUUCUCAAAAGGGAAAUCUUAAAAAACAUCUUAUGAUACACGCGGAACAGAAGCCCCACACCUGUGACUUUUGUAAGAAGAAAUUUCGAACCAAAAGUCAUUUACAGUUACAUAGGAGAAUGCAUACAAAUGAAUCGCCUUACAGUUGUGGUACAUGUUCAAAGAAAUUCAAAACGAGCACAGAUAAGAAAACUCACGAAAUUUUACAUACGGGAGAGAAACCAUUUUCUUGUAAUUACUGUAAUAAAGCAUUUUCAAACAAAUCAAAUUUAUAUGCACACCGAAAGAUACAUACGGGUGAAAAACCACAUAAAUGUGAUAUCUGUGAAAAAAGGUUCCUCUAUCGUAACAGUUUAAAAAUUCAUUACAGAAUUCACACUGGGGAAAAGCCCUACAGUUGUAACACAUGUAAUAAAAGGUUUAAACAGUUGGGACACUUGCAUCAACAUCAGAAUACACACAAAACUUCUUAACAAUCCUUGAAAAUUCAUAUACCUGAAGUAUGAUGUAUAUUUUUAUAUAGAAUGUAAAUGAAAUUGCCAUUUAUUGGAAAGUGAGAGAUUAAAUUUUAAGAUUUGUAUAAAUAUUUAAAUAUAUUUGAAUAAUACUAUAAUGUUUCAUUUCAUUAGAUUUGAAAUUCAAUCAUAUCAAGUGAAUUGAAAUGAUUUAGUUAAAAUUUACUAUUUUCUAAUAGAUUAUUUUUUGUUAUUUUAUUUUUAAUUACUUCUGAACUUCUAAUUUUAAUUGAAGGAAUUAAAUAGCACUUCUUUAAAUAGUGAAAUAAAUUUCACUUGAAUAUUUAUAUUUUCUGAAAUGAAUUACCAGUUUAAUACUUAAACUGUGUUGGAAAGAAAAAACAUUAACUUUAAUAUCAAGAAUUCUUUCCAGUUGUCUUGCAAUUCUCGGAGAUAUUUCUUUAUUCAUAACAGAAUAAAUGAAUAGUCACUAAAAUUUUAAUUAUUUAUUUAUAACUAUUUAUAAAUUGUGUUGUCUUGCUUACGACAAACAAAUAAUUAACUCUGUUAACUUUACACUUGUUAUUUUAUUCAUGUUAGAUUUGAUUUAAUGUUUCAUUCCAGUAAGUUGUAAACCAUUGAGACCAUUAUGAGAAUAAUCUUUCCAUAGCUAUGUAUUAUUUUUAAGUGUAUGCCUUUAUUUAACUCAGUUAAAUUGCAAAUGCACAUUCUGAUAUGCAUUUUAAAUAAUUAUAAAAGCUUCAGUUGCUGACAACCUUUCUUUUACAAAUAUACAUUUUAAAUUGUUAUUACAUACAUUUUCAUGUGCCUUGUGUGUUUGUGUGUGUUCUUAUAUUUGUAGAUUAUAUUUUGUUAUAGAAUUCAUCAGUUUAAAGAUGAUAUAACAGUCAAGGAAUUUAACAUGUGUGCGUAUAUGAUCCGCCGAGAUAUUUUUCUUAUAGGAAGCUUGGAUUUUUUGUAAUAAUUCAAAUUCCAAGAUUUUGGUGUAAAAAUAGCAAUAUUUUUUCAAGUUGCUGAAAAUUAAAUAGAACAUUUUUAUGCAUAUCCAUUUAUUUCUUUAAGAAUGACCAAAUAUUGUAAUUAUGUUCUUCACAAAUGCAGGAAUAUAACCAAAUCAUGAGUAUCUUUUAAAGAAAUUACAUUAUUAAAUUCUGAUGUAAUUAUUGUAAAUAAUGAUUAUAGAAAAAAUUUUUGUAGACAGUGUAAAGCCAGCAUUUAUAUUUUAGGUGUUUGAAGUUAUUAAAUUCUAUGAAUUUUCUGCAUACAAAAAAAAAAUGCAUAGUAUAUAUUAUAUAUAAUUAUUUUAUAUAUUAAAUUUGUUGUUAAAGUUGAAAAAAGAAAUUUAAGUACUUUCUUAGUGUGUGUGUUUCAUGAAGGAACACGAGUGGCAGCAACAAAUAAGGCAAUAUAACUAUUUUUGAAUGAAGGUUAUUUUCAAAAUUAUGCUAGAUAAAAUAUAUUUUUAAUGUGAUAAAUAUUCACAAGAUUUGUAAGUGAAGUUAUCAAUAAACAUGAAAGGAUUUAAGACUUUGUUUUGGAUGCAUUUUCUUCAUAAUACAAUAUGAACCUGUCCAGAACUGAACCUGAAUAAAAAGGAAACCUUCUUAAACAGGAAAAAAUAUUUGGUACUGUCAAUUCCAAUUUACACAGGUUUUACUGUAUUAAUAAUGUGCAUUAUCGUGUUGACAUAAAUGUUAAUGAUUGACCUGUUCUUGUCAAAUUCACUUCUUAUAUACUGUAGUAUAAUUUAAACUUCUACAACAAAAUGCAUUGAAUUAAACUUUGAGUACAAAGAUUGAUUUUUUUUCAUGAUUUAAACAAAGCAAAAUUUUCAAAUUAAAUAAAAUA